AUGGCCGAUAUCCUUCAGAUCUAUCCCGAGACAUCCGAUUAUACUGCGCUAGCAGUGUUCGAUCUCGGAGGUACAAACGACCCGCGCGAAGGUUCUGCAUCGAGAGAGCUUGGAUAUCCUCACGCAGCUUCCGGAUUCUGA